GAGAAUGCAGACAGAGGGAAAAAUUGGGGACCUUGACCAGAGGGGUGGAAGAUCCCAGGCCUUUCUGCCCACAGGGCCGGAUCGCAGACGGACAGACACCAGCCGGCACCCCUUCUGUGCCUCUUAGCUACAAAAAGCCAAAGGAAUACCAAUAAAUAUUUGUCCAAGGCCUGAAUGAGUAAAGGCGAGGGAAGGGGUGUGUUCUGAGAGCCCAUCCCCACCGACCACACCUCUGCAGUCCCUGCUGGAUAAAAACUCCUCCUCCUGCCACUGUGUCCCAGGAGCAGCAGCAGGCCUGUGGCAGCGGCCUCCAGGGCCCCGGCUGCAGAGCGGAGCCAUGCCCAGGUACACGGUGCACGUGCGAGGGGAAUGGCUGGCCGUGCCCUGCCAGAACGCGCAGCUCACUGUGGGCUGUCUGGGCCGCGAGGCCGUGCGGCGCUACAUGAAGAACAAGCCCGACAACGGCGGCUUCGCCUCCGUGGACGAUGUCUGCUUCCUUGUGCGCCGGUGCAAGGGCCUGGGCUUGCUGGACAAUGAGGACUUGCUGGAGGUGGCCUUGGAGGACAAUGAGUUCGUGGAAGUGGUCAUAGAAGGCGAUGCAAUGUCACCCGAUUUCAUUCCUUCCCAACCAGAAGGAGUAUACCUAUACAGCAAGUACCGCGAGCCUGAAAAGUAUAUCGAUUUAGACGGGGACAGCCUGACCACGGAGGAUCUGGUCAACUUGGGAAAGGGACGCUACAAAAUAAAGCUCACUCCAGUUGCUGAGAAAAAGGUCCAGGAAUCCAGAGAAGUCAUAGACAGGAUCAUAGAGGAAAAAACAGUUGUUUACGGCAUUACUACAGGUUUUGGGAAAUUUGCCAGAACUGUAAUUCCUGUCAGUAAGCUACAGGAACUUCAGGUCAACUUAGUUCGCUCCCAUUCCGCAGGUGUUGGAAAACCAUUCAGUCCUGAGAGGUGUCGGAUGCUCUUGGCACUAAGGAUCAAUGUCUUAGCCAAAGGAUACAGUGGCAUUUCCCUGGAGACCCUCAAACAAGUUAUUGAGAUAUUUAAUGCCUCCUGCCUGUCCUAUGUCCCAGAGAAAGGAACCGUGGGUGCCAGUGGAGACCUCGCCCCGCUCUCUCAUCUUGCUCUUGGGCUAAUUGGAGAAGGGAAGAUGUGGUCUCCGAAGAGCGGCUGGGCGGAUGCCAAAUACGUCCUGCAAGCCCAUGGACUAAAACCAGUUGUUUUGAAACCAAAAGAGGGCUUAGCGCUCAUCAAUGGGACGCAGAUGAUCACAUCCCUGGGCUGUGAAGCUGUUGAGAGAGCCAGUGCCAUCGCCCGGCAGGCUGACAUCGUGGCAGCCCUGACCCUUGAGGUGCUGAAGGGCACCACCAAAGCCUUCGACACUGACAUCCAUGCUGUUCGGCCCCAUCGUGGGCAGAUUGAAGUUGCUUUUCGAUUUCGGUCACUCUUGGACUCGGAUCACCACCCAUCGGAAAUAGCAGAGAGUCACAGGUUCUGUGAUCGUGUCCAGGACGCGUACACCUUGCGCUGUUGUCCUCAGGUCCAUGGUGUGGUGAAUGACACAAUAGCAUUUGUGAAAGACAUUAUUACCACAGAACUGAAUAGUGCAACAGAUAAUCCUAUGGUCUUUGCCAGUAGGGGAGAGACAAUUUCUGGAGGAAACUUCCAUGGUGAAUACCCAGCCAAAGCCCUGGACUAUUUGGCCAUUGGCGUCCAUGAACUUGCUGCGAUUAGUGAAAGAAGAAUCGAAAGGCUCUGUAAUCCCUCCCUCAGUGAACUGCCCGCCUUCCUGGUGGCUGAAGGUGGUCUGAACUCUGGGUUCAUGAUAGCCCACUGUACAGCUGCAGCGCUCGUUUCCGAGAGCAAGGCUCUGUGCCACCCCUCGUCUGUGGACUCGCUCUCCACCAGUGCCGCCACGGAGGACCACGUCUCCAUGGGCGGGUGGGCAGCCAGGAAAGCCCUCAGGGUCAUCGAGCAUGUGGAGCAAGUGCUAGCCAUUGAGCUUCUUGCAGCCUGCCAGGGCAUAGAGUUUCUGCGCCCCUUGAAAACAACCACUCCCCUGGAGAAGGUCUAUGACCUGGUGCGCUCUGUUGUAAGGCCCUGGAUAAAGGACCGCUUCAUGGCCCCAGACAUCGAGGCAGCACACAGGCUUCUCCUCGAGCAGAAGGUUUGGAAUGUGGCUGCACCAUACAUCGAAAAAUACAAAAUGGAGCAUAUUCCAGAAUCAAGACCUCUGUCUCCUACAGCCUUUUCACUGCAAUCUCUACACCAGAAAGCCACGAAAAUCCCAGAGACAGAGGAACUUUAAUGGGCUUUGUCAUGGGUUAGAUCAGGUGGUCUUCAGCCCAACACAAAGCAGUUCCAUGCUGAAGGAGAGAGCUGGGAACUCUCCCCGAUAGAUGUGGUUCCCCUCCUGACUCAGUGAGGAUGGUAGCAAUAGCAUAAUUGCUCAAUCCAGCCCCGUGUUCUUGUUCCCAUAGCUUGAGAUGCACUGGGUGUUUUGGGACUGUAGGAGUUUUCUUUCUUUCUUAAAAAUAUCAACAUAGCCACAAUUGCAUGGAUCUGUUUUUUAACUCAGCAUGAGAUGAACUCAAAUUUGGAAACAGAUUGACAGCAUUCUUCUCCAAAAAUUUAGAUUUUGUAAACGUUAUUUUUUAUUUGCUUUGAGAAGCUCCUCCUUGGGGACUUUCUUUGGCUGAUUGUACUAUGUCAUAACAUGACAACUGUUCCUUAAUAUGCAUUCAUAAAUAACCAUUCUGACUCACAA